AUGGCGGCCGGCGACACGGCGACACAGCGGCCGUUGAUAAAUGAGGCGGGCGCUCCGGUUCCAGCCGCGUCUCACACGCACCGUGCCGUGGCCGUCUGCAUGCAGAACGCCGCCUCCGGACAGCUAUCUCUCUGCUCGGCUGCACAGUGGUGGGGUGUGAGGGAACCUUCAGUCAGUGAAGGUCGGCCUUCCGUCUCGUCUCUGAGCACGCCCUGCCGGCGCUCAUCCUCAUACGAAUGGUCACCUCCAAAACCGCUGAUCCGGCAAAAUGCUCCCCAGGAGGUAAUAACGGAAUAUCGGCACGUCUUUCUUAGACGUGCCGGAGGAAGCCUCGCCUCCGGCAGCGGCUCACUCCCCGGGGGCUCCUCCUGGCCAGCGGCGAUACCGGCCCGGCCCGGCCCGGCCGGCCGCAGCCCACAGGCCUCGUCAGGCGCCGUCCACGCCAUGAUUAAUAGCGCCGCGGCGCCGCCCGCCGGUGAGAAAUGCACGCGCGGCGCAAGACGGCGGCCGUCGCGCCGGGAUUACGCGGCGGCGGGCGGCCCGGCGGCUGCGCGUGACGCUAUCACCGCUGAUAAAUGCUGCGGGCAGCGCGGAGCGCCUCCCACGCCGUAA